GAAAAAUUAAAAAGCCCUAAUUUCCCAAUUCAUCUUCCGAACGGACCAAACCCGUCGGUCGCCACUCACUUCAACCACCGCCUCCGCCGGCGUCAACGCCGCCGUCAACGCAGUAAUCCAAAAGCUUCGUUCAAAAUCAUCUCAUCAAGCUCCUUCAAUUCCCACUCAACAACAGAAUGCCGAAGAAAUCAAAACGACACCACCCACUCACCUUUACUCCAUUUGCUCGGUCAAUGGCUAUGACAUCAUGUAAAAAGGCCAAGCAAGAUAUUAAGGAAAUCAACUUACAAAUCGAAGAUUCCCCAUCGUCUUCGGUUAACAGGCUUCUAAACAACGGCAAAGAUAAAACUAAACAGUCUGAAUCUUCUGACAGCGAAGAUCUUGAGGGAGUCGUUCAAGCAGAUUUCGCCUUCUUUGAUCCCAAAAAUAGCGACUUCCAUGGGGUGAAGGUUCUUUUGCAGACGUAUCUUGAUAAUAAGCAGUGGGGUCUCAGUGGAUUUGUUGACUUGAUAUUGGGUCAACCAACAGUGGGGACCGUAGUCAAAAUUGAGGAUGAUGAAGAUGAAGGAGUAUACUCUGUUGUUUCUGCUCUCAAUUUAGGAAGAUACACGGAUAGUAAAUGUAUUAUUGAGCUCAAGGAUUACCUGCUAAAAGUGUGCCGGGAUAUGGAUAUAAUACCUCAACUCAAGUCUCUAAUUGGGGAGCGUGCAAAAGAUGUUGGUCUUAUCGUCUCUCAGCGUGUUGUAAAUCUGCCACCUCAGCUUUUGCCUCCGCUUUAUGACUCUCUCUUCGAUGAAGUAAAUUGGGCAACAGAAGACGAGCCUACAGAGGAGCUCCGAAGUUCGUUUCGCUUCAAAUUUUAUCUAAUUAUCAGCAAAAUAUAUAAGCACAAGAAUGCAGUUGGGGAUAAAGGGACAACUAAAAACGGAGAUGAAAACGUAAUUUACAUCAAACCGGAAGAUGAACUUUUCCUUGAGUUUUGCUCGUGGUCCUUCAGUUUUCCGUUGCAUGCACAGCAGGUCACAACGGAUGAGCUUAAAAAUUAUCGGCCAAUGGGUUUAGUGAUGGCUAUUGAAGCUAGUAAAAUAUCCAUAUUCAGACAACAGAUGCAUUCUUUGAUAGAUGAAUGAAAUCAUGCGCAGGCAUUCUGGCAGUAACUAGAUUCCUUUUGACUUAUCUGGGACAUGUCAUAUAAUUUCAUUUGGUAUAAGCUUAUCUUAUUCUUCACCGCCCCUCUCCAAAUUGUGUUUUAUUACCACAUAAUUUAUUUUGGCUGUCCCGUAAAUUUUGAUAGUUAGAUGUGGGUUUUAUUGGCUGCAAUGAAUUCAUCCAUUAAUAUACAAUUAUGUUUUAAAAUAUUUUUGAGAAAAUGUUGCAAAUUAUAGUCCUUAUGGAAGAACUAAGGUUGAGAAAUUUGAAAAGAACUGUAUGUGUUCUAAUGUUGUAAUCAUCGUUUAGAUGUGAUCAAUGCGAUUCACGUGCUAACUGAUAUUUGUAUUUGAUACUUUUUUUAAAUAUUUAUUAUUUGUUUAUGUUUCAAUUGGUUAAAGACUAACCGUAGCGACAUGUAU